UCCUUUCCAACUCCACCAACACUCCCUCCUCUUCUCUCUCUCUCUCUUUCUCUCUCUCUCUCUCUCUCUCCCUCCCUUUUCUGUCUGAACACAUGAAAUUCAGAGGAUCUCCUCCCGAAACGCGAACACAGCGGUCAGAGAAGCGCUCGGCGACACCCCCUCCCCGCACAACAUGGCUACAAUUGUCACCUCCACCAGGUUUACGGAAGAUUACCAGCUUUACGAGGAGCUCGGGAAGGGUGCCUUUUCCGUGGUGCGCAGAUGUGUGAAGAAGUCUACAGGCCAGGAAUAUGCCGCAAAAAUAAUCAACACGAAGAAGCUGACAGCCAGAGAUCACCAGAAGCUGGAACGAGAGGCCCGAAUCUGUCGUCUUCUCAAACAUUCCAAUAUCGUCCGGCUACAUGACAGUAUUGCUGAAGAAGGGUUUCACUACCUGGUCUUUGACCUUGUGACUGGAGGGGAGCUGUUUGAAGACAUCGUUGCCAGAGAGUAUUACAGUGAGGCUGAUGCGAGCCAGUGCAUCAAUCAGAUCCUCGAGAGUGUCAAUCACAUUCACCAGCAUGAUAUCGUGCACAGAGACCUCAAGCCUGAGAACCUUCUGUUGGCCAGUAAGAUGAAGGGGGCAGCAGUUAAGCUGGCUGAUUUUGGACUGGCGAUUGAGGUACAGGGAGACCAACAAGCAUGGUUUGGCUUUGCGGGCACUCCUGGCUACUUAUCUCCAGAGGUUCUGAGAAAGGAUCCUUAUGGUAAACCUGUGGACAUUUGGGCCUGUGGUGAGUUUUUUAUUUUUUUUUUUCGUUCUCUUUGUUUAUCUAAAAUACUGUUUUUCAUAGAUUCAAUUAUUUUCUCACACACAAUAAGUUCUUCUCAUUUCCUUCUCCAUCUUUUUUCAGGAGUUAUCCUCUAUAUACUGCUUGUGGGAUAUCCUCCAUUCUGGGAUGAAGAUCAGCAUAAGCUGUACCAGCAGAUCAAGGCUGGAGCUUAUGAUUUUCCUUCUCCUGAGUGGGACACGGUCACCCCUGAGGCUAAGAACCUCAUCAACCAGAUGCUGACCAUCAACCCAGCCAAGAGGAUCACCGCUGAACAGGCCCUUAAGCACCCAUGGGUCUGCCAACGGUCUACAGUGGCCUCCAUGAUGCACCGACAAGAGACCGUGGAGUGCCUGCGCAAGUUCAACGCUCGGAGAAAACUGAAGGGAGCUAUUCUCACCACUAUGCUGGUUUCCAGAAAUUUUUCAGUGGGCCGGCAGCAUACCAGCCCUGCUGCUCCCACCACCAGCACUGCCGCGCUUGCACAGGAAGCAUGCAAAAGUUUACUCAACAAAAAAUCAGAUGGUGUUAAGCCCCAGACAAACAACACUAAAAACAGUGUAAUGAGUGCUGUAGUGAGUGCCCUGAAGGAAAGCAACAUGGCUUCUUCCACACCAAUGGAGCCCCAGACCACAGUAGUGCACAACCCGGCAGAUGGGACCAAGGGCUCCACGGAGAGCUGCAACACCAACGAGGAAGAGGAUAUGAAAGGUAGGAAAGUGGAGAGUGCUCAGGGUGCCAGCAGUGACAGUGCGGUGAUGAGUCAGUGCAGUGCCGGGGACGAGCCGCCCGCUCUGGUGGCAUCACCACAGUGCCCACCAGCCACUGUGGGGCAUGAAAUAAAGCGCAUGGCGUGGAACAGUUCGGGACAUUCUUCGUGCCCCGAAUUAGACUGUGCUCACUCUGUUCCUUAUGCUUCGGCUCAGGGGGGCAGGAGUGUGGCCACAGCCAAGUCUCGUAAGCAAGAGAUUAUCAAGAUCACCGAGCAGCUAAUCGAGGCUGUGAACAACGGAGACUUCGAGGCUUACACGAGAAUCUGUGACCCCGGGUUGACUUCGUUCGAGCCCGAAGCUCUGGGUAACCUGGUGGAAGGGAUGGAUUUCCACAAGUUUUACUUUGAGAACUUGUUGAGUAAGAACAACAAGCCGGUGCACACCACUAUCCUGAACCCUCAUGUGCACCUGAUUGGAGAGGAUGCAGCAUGUAUCGCCUACAUCCGCCUGACACAGUACAUCGACAGUCAGGGCCACCCGCGCACCUGCCAGUCCGAGGAGACGCGCGUGUGGCACCGCCGUGAUGCCAAGUGGCUCAAUGUUCACUUCCACUGCUCAGGAGCACCAGCUGCACCCUUACAGUGAAGCCUGCAGGGCACAGGUUGCCUGGAUUCCUAACGAUGGGAGUGUUUGUUCCUUGUAGCCGGAUGGGCACGUAGAGGCCGGAUGGAUGACAGCAAGUUACAGACACGCUAUUGAAGAAAUCCGAUAACAUCUAGUCCAACUGUCUACACCACCUUACCUGUCCAACCUUUGACCACUAGGAUCCGGCUGCGGCUGUGGCCCCGCCCACAGGACGGUGCAUGCAUAUGAUGCCCACACGGGGGCGCUGUCUAGUCUUUUCCCAUGGAAUCAUCUUUUUUUGCCCAUUAAAGAUGUCCAGAAGGUAUUGUAAGUACUGAUCUAUGAGUUCAAUAAGUAUAUUGUAUAUUGUAUAAAAAAAAAAAAUAAUAAUAAUAAUUGCUAGAAGCUACAACAGAGUUUUUUAAGGCAUCGAUAUGUAAGUAAAAUGCAACCGGGGUGUAAAAUGGGAGGGUCGAUACACAAGAUAGAAACCUUCAGCUUUAACGGCCGAAGUUUAAGUAGGAGUAAUCUAAAAUAUACACACCCCCACCCCACCCCCACCCCCAGCUCAUACACUCUGUAGAAUCGGGAUACAAAUUAUUUAGGUAAUGAAUCAACAAUGUUCUAAAAUUCUGGAGAGUAUAGACAUUACUUUGUAUCAAGAGGCACCAAAGUGUAGUCUUUAGGCAAUUAAAGGGUUGGUGUUUAUUUUUUUUGUUGUUGUUGUUGUUUGUUUUUUUUUUCUUUCUUUUUGUUGCUUUUGAUUUGUUUCUUGUGUUUUUAAACUAAGGUCUGUGGGAAGGUUUGGAUGGUUCUGGGUUUUAGUAUUCUGUGCUAUCGUGUUUCUGUGGAACUGUUUUUGUUUUGUUUUGUUUUGUUUUUGUCUUUGAUUAUAAGAAAGUAUUUUAUGGUUAGAUUUAAAAAAAAAACCUUCUGAAAACAUAAUCCACUUGUAAAGAUCCACAGAUAUAUAUUUAAAGGAGAUCAAGGCGCAGCAAACGAUUCGACACUCUGUUGAAUGUGUGUUUAUGUGCAUGUGUUUGUACGGACAUGUGAUUUAAACACACCGCUGGUUAGAAUUAGACCACGCUGCCUCUGAUCGUGUGAAUUGGAGAGUGUUCGAGAGCCCACGUGGACAGACAUAGUGCUGUAGAAAUGGCACCGAACGCUAGACGGACGGUAGAGUCGCCUUUCUAUUUAACUUUAACGCUGGGAACAGAGCCUGGUUCAUACACAGCCAUGUGGAAAAGGGGAACACACACACACACACACACACACACACACACACACACACACACACACACACACACAAGUACACAUGCUGAUCAAAAACCCAUUUCCAAAUCAGCAGGAUCAGUCACACACUGCCUACCUUAUGGAAAUAUGGUUUCUCAUUAAGUCUCCAAGAGAAAACUACAUGUAGGCAAUUCUUUUCAAAAUGGCGCAUGAAGGACAUCCGUACUGUAGCUUAGCGGAUGUUCAUACGUGGAUGUGGAUGUGGAUACAACACAUGUCCGGUUUCAAACAUGCACACAGUCACACACCGAUUGGACUUUCGUGGCUGUUCUUUCCCCUCAUAGUGGUCUGAUAUCAUCCUGUCUCACACAACCGUGUUGUACUUGUGUUUCAUGCCCGGUUUGUGCACUCACUCACUUUUUACACACACACACACACACACACACACACACACACACACACACACACACACACACACACACACACACACACGUUAAUCCCUCCAGCAUUUCCUUGGAGUUCAAUGUAUACAUUUAUGUUUCUAGUACAAAUACAGGGUUUAAGGCACUGGCUGUUAUAAACCAGCAGCACAACCGGCCUGUUCUGAUCUCGGUGACAGGCGCUAUUAAAAAAAAAUGUAAAAAAUUAAAAAAAAAAAACACCUUUCCUUUUUCAACACACUCCAGUUCAUGCAGUAGAUCUGAGUAAGAUGUUCUUGUACACAGCUGUUUAAGUUUUUCUGACACAAAUCCAUCCCACAUGCCGAUCGUGUAUUUUCUAUAUUGGAAGAGUUCUCAGUCUGUGUACUGUAUAUACAUGUAUAGGGCUUUGGACCAUAUCAGCACUGUAACUCUGCACGUGUGUGUGUGUGUGUGUGUGUGUGUGUGUGUGUGUGUGUGUGUGUGUGUGUGUGUGUGUGUGUGUGUGUGUGUGUGUGUGUCACCUUCAUCACAAAGCCCAUUUAGUAACGCUCGUUUUUCUUUGUUUUCGGGAGAAAUGCUUCCAUGCUUUGGCAAGUCCGUUUUGAUCCGAAUCACGAUGAUAUUUUUGUAAACCAGUUGCGAGGUUCUUUUUUUUUUUUCCCUGUAUGUCGUCAGUUACUUUAACUCUCCGUAGAAGCGAAAAGAAAAUGGAUUAAAAAACAAAAACAAUCGAGGAUACGUUAACUGAUAGAUAGGCUAGAUAGAUUUCUAGAACAGAGGUCCCUCCUCCUAAAGCUGGGAACAGAACCCAGCGCCUUCUGGCUUUCCUAUCCAAUCCAAUCCGAGGCAAGUCCGAUUAUGCAGCUUAAUUAAUACAGUAUGAUGAUUAUGCAUGUUCUCUUUUCUUGGUGAAUCUUUUCUCCGCUGUGUGAUUUUAAAAAUGGGAAAAAAAAAGAAAAAAAAAUCUGUUCUUGUUGCAUCUCUGACAUGAAAAAUCCCUCUCCACCUGGAGAUGACGGAUAGGUGAUGUACCAUAUUGAAUUAUUUAAUCAUUUUUAAAAAGUAAGAGAAAAGUCCAAGUCAGCUUUGUAUGCUCCCCUCAUUCUGAGUAAAUCUAUCGCAUUGUAACGGUAUACUAUUGGGCUACGUAUAUGAAUGCUGGAUUUUGCAUGAUCAUACAUUUAAUAAAACCAUGAACUGACA